AUGAUUCUGAAACAACGAUAUAUUCAUUUGUAUGGUUUGAUUGAUAUAGUCCAAGAAGUAGAAAAACAAAUUAAACAAAUUAAAAAACAAUGUGCAUCAACUACAUUUAAACUUUGUUUAGAACCGAAACAGAUCGAAUUCUUACUAGAUGUUUAUCAUGACCAAAUGAAAGCACUUGAAACUAAUUUUAAUGACGCAAAUAUUAUUGAACCUUUGAAAAAAGGAGAAUUUACAGCUCCAAGCUAUCUCCAUGAUAGAAUCGAAGAGGAAGUAAUGUUAUCAGCUGCAUUAUGCAAACCAAUUAGUUAUGAAAUUCAGGAGAAAGCUUUUGGUUUAAUAGCACUUAACGAAUGUACUAAUCUGAAAAAUAUUGCCCGUCAAUACAGAUCUCAAAUCGAAAUACAUGAAGAAACUACCAAAAAAACUUAUAAAAUACCCAAAGCCUUAACACAAGAUGUUUCGAAUAAAUUAACAGCAGCAGCCAUUACAGUACAAAAGGGGGAUUUAGCUGAAGAGAAAAUCGAUCUUGUUGUUGUCUCCUCAACAUCGAAAUAUCUAUGCGAUGGUAUACUUCAAAAAGCUGGAGAAUCUGUCAAAAAAGAGUACAAUACAGCUGCAAAGAGCUCGCCAUCGGAAAUUUUUGAAAUCGAUUCAGGAAAAUUGCAAUGUCGAAGACUUUUAUUUUUAACGUGGCAAAUUAAUCAAACUAGUCAAGAAGCAUUUUAUCAAUCGAUUCGAAAUUUUGUUAGUACAGCUGUUCAACAUGCCAUUAAGUUUAAUCAUACAUCCAUUGCAUUUCCAGCUAUGGGUUGUGGAAAAUAUUGUUUUGAUAAAAGCAUUGUUGCCCAUGAAAUGUUAACUGAAGCUCAAAGACAAUUAUUGUCGGCUAAUGUUUUGCUACAAAUAAAUUUUAUUAUUUUACCUGAUCAAAACGAUGUUUUUGAAAUAUUUAAAGCCAAGCUAGAAAGUCUUCAAAAAGGAGAGUACGCGGCAAGAAAAGAUAACUAUAUUACAUAUAAUUUUACAACACUGACAAUUAUUAUUGUAUCUAAUAUUAUAGAAAAACAAGAAGAAUGCAAGAAGGCUUUAGAAGAUUAUGUACAUAAAUCAAUUUCAGUAAGUGAACAGCAUGAUCUAAGUGGACUAAAAAAAUGGACGCAACCUACUAUUGAUUCAUUUUAUAUGUAUUGUUUACAACGGCUUGUUGUACCAGAAAUGGAUAUUCAUACUGGUUAUUGUAAAUUAUUUGGUUCAAAAGAAUCGGUUAGAGAGACAGAAAAUGAAUAUUAUCGACAACAAACUAAACAAAGUGAACAUGCUCGUUUGAUGGUCGUUGCUCGAGAUAUAAUUUGGGCAUUUAAAAAAAAUGAAAACAAUUGGGAGAAAUUUCCCUCUGAAUUAAAUGCUCAUAUUGAAGAUGCAUUUAUAUCUAAAUUGAAAACGUUCAAGUACAUUAGCGAUAAAUCUGUAGAAUACGAAAUUGAUUUCAAAAACUAUAUCGAAACAUGUGUGACUACUCAAGAACAACGUGAAAUUAUUCGACAUGGUGAUGUUCGUGUACCACCGCAUUGGAAAUUACAAAUAAAGAAUGUUGAGCGAUUUUUCCUACAUGAAAUCUCAGAUGAAUACAAAGAUGUUCGUGCAUUAUUUGAUAAAACGAUGGCUCACAAAUAUACAACAAUAAUUCGUAUAGAACGUAUUCAAAAUAAGCAAUGGUAUACACAAUACAAUUCAUAUAAAAGUUUCUCCUCGAAGGAAGACACAGAAAAAAUAUUAUUUCAUGGCUGUUCACAAGAAUCAGUUCAACUAAUUAUUAACUCGUUUUUCAAUCGAUCAUUUGCUGGAGUCAAUGGUGUCGUAUAUGGACAAGGAGCUUAUUUUUCAGCAAAUGCAGGCUACAGUCACAAUUACGCUAAGCCUAAUCAAUCGAAUGGUGAACGAUCCAUGUUUGUAGUCAAUGUAAUAGUGGGUAAUACUACACAAGGAAAUCAUUUGAUGAAAACACCGCCUGAAGGUUUCGAUUCGACUACGGACGGAGAUCAUAUCUUUGUUACAUAUCGUGAUGAUCAAGCUUAUGCAGAAUAUCUUAUUGUUUAUCGUUAA